GGUUCCGCCUCCCGCCCGCUUCCGGGGGCGCCGCGCAACAUGCUGGUGCGCCGGGCCGGGCCGUGGCGGGCGCCGUGCUAGGUGGCGAGUGUGCUCGGGCUGGGCCUCGAGGCCGGGCGCCAGGGUGUCGUUAAUGUUCGGGGCUGCCGGGCGCUCAGCGAUCGGAGCUCCAGCCGCCGGGAACAGCUGGCAUUUCAGUCGAACCAUGGAAGAGUUGGUUCAUGAUCUUGUCUCGGCUUUGGAGGAGAGCUCAGAGCAGGCUAGGGGAGGCUUUGCGGAAACAGGAGACCAUUCUCGAAGUCUCUCUUGCCCUCUGAAGCGCCAGGCAAGGAAGAGGAGAGGGCGGAAGCGGAGGUCCUACAAUGUCCACCACCCCUGGGAGAUGGGGCAUGGCCUGAGCGAAGGCUCAGAUUCCAGUUUAGAAGAGCCCAGCAAGGACUACCGGGAGACCCACAAUAACAACAAGAAAGACCACAGUGACUCCGACGACCAGAUGCUAGUGGCCAAGCGCCGGCCGUCGUCCAACUUAAACAACAACGUCCGAGGGAAAAGGCCUCUGUGGCAUGAGUCGGAUUUCGCUGUGGACAACCUGGGCAACCGGACUUUGCGACGGCGGAGGAAGGUGAAACGUAUGGCCGUCGAUCUGCCCCACGACGUCUCCAGCAAACGUUCCACCAGCCAGCCCCUGGAUGGCUGCAGAGACCAGGACAUGGACAAUGACGGCACCUGUCCAUACCAAGAGUUCACCAAGAAUAAAGUCAAGAAGAGGAAGCUGAAGAUUGUGAGACAGGGACCCCGGAUCCCAGAUGAGGGCGUGGUUUUGGAAAGCGAGGAACCCAACCAGGUGGACAAGGACAAAAUGGAAUAUGAAGAGCAGAAGGUCUCUGACGAACUCAUGAGUGAAAGUGACUCCAGCAGCCUGAGCAGCACUGAUGCGGGUCUGUUCACCAACGAUGAAGGAAGACAAGGUGAUGAUGAACAGAGUGACUGGUUCUAUGAAAAGGAAUCGGGUGGAGCUUGUGGCAUCACCGGAAUUGUGCCCUGGUGGGAGAAGGAACAGCCUGCGGACCUGGACAAGAAUCUCCCAGACCCAGUCUUUGAAAGUAUCUUAACUGGUUCUUUUCCCUUAAUGUCGCAUUCGGGCAGAAGAGGUUUCCAAGCGAGACUCAGUCGCCUUCAUGGAAUGCCUACCAAGAAUAUUAAAAAGUCUGGAGGAACCCCAACUUCAAUGGUGACCAGUCCCGGCCCAGUCAGUAACAAGAGGAUGGUUCACUUUUCCCCAGAUUCUCAUCACCAUGACCACUGGUUCAGUCCUGGAGCGAGGGCAGAGCACAGCCAGCUCCUGAGAGAGGGCCGUGGUGAACGAGGAUACAAGAAGAACUGUUCCGUGAAAACUGCCAGCAGGCAAACAAGCCUGCAUUUAGGAUCCUUAUGCACUGGAGAUAUCAAACGGAGAAGGAAAGCUGCACCCCUGCCUGGACCCUCGACAGCAGGACUUGUGGGAGAGAAUGCCCAGCCUAUCCUGGAAAGCAACAUCGGGAACCGAAUGCUGCAGAACAUGGGCUGGACGCCGGGCACAGGCCUGGGGCGUGACGGCAAGGGCAUCGCUGAGCCCAUCCAAGCCUUGCAGAGGCCCAAGGGGUUGGGACUUGGCUUUCCUCUCCCCAAGAGCACAGCUGCCACCACCAUUGCCAGUUCGGGAAAAUCUACCUAAGAAGCAAAGCAAAGAGGAGCCUGGUCUCCCAGCCUGUUCACUCCCCAUCGUAGAAGAGCAGAAUGUCUGCAGGUCUGGAAGCAGAGAUCUCACAUUUGCCCACUGCACCUGGCUCCCUGGGUGCAGAAGGGUCAGUGAUGGGAUGUCACCGCUGUCCGUGGUGCUAAUGUGAAAGUCAGCCCCGGCAAGAAUUUGCAGCUACUUCUUGUUGUAAAGAGCAGUGUUUAUUCCGUUUAUUUAUUCUGGUCCUCCUGGGUCAAUCAUUUCUGGCACCUAAACCUCCUCGUUCACACGUGAGGGACACCUGCAAUCCCAUACCCACCCAGAAAGCAAUUGUGAGCACCCCUACAGGUAUCCAAACUAGGCUACACCAAGAAAGAAACAUGCUUCUUCAUAUCUGCCCCAACUCUAGGACACUAAAAGACAUGCAAACCCACUUAGUGGGGUCCUCAGCAAACCACUGAUGGGCUGGUCAAGUGCAUAUGCCUGGCAUUUGGCUUCCCUAGCAAGGUGGCACCCCCACCCCUCAUUAAUCAUCUGCCCUUGGACAUUGGCGUGAGAACUUGCAGUGACUCAUGUUUCCCUCUGGAAUUUGGACAAAAAUAAACCUCAUUCUUGUUAUCACCAGAGUGCCCUCAACAUUAUUUGAAUGCAGAUUUGAUCAAUUUUACCUCAUUCAGAGCAGGAAAUGAUUAUUGCAAGAAAAUUGUAUUUUUUAAAAAUCCACCAUGACUGAGCUGUAAACCCUGAUAAUCUAGACUGACUUCUACCUCUCUCUUCCUAAAGGUUAGUUUUUGUAAGACUGGCUCAACUGUAGUAAACUGAUUUGAAAUUUUAACCGUAGGAGUAUGUUAUGAGAAUAUAGUAUCAAUUUAUCUGGAGACUGAAAUGUCUCCCCCAAGAAUUCAGACUCCUGGCAGUGGUCCAAUCCACUUUAAGAUGAGCAAGAAAAUGAAUGGUCCCAAUUUCCCCUUUUCAUCAUCUCAGUAGUUACUUUAAAGCCAAGUAAAACAAGUCAUUUCUUUUAUGCACCUAUUAUCGUGAUUUCAGAAUCCUCUGCUUCCUGUGGGCAGAGGUUCUAAAUAGAUGUUAGUUCAGAAUUUGUUGGUUUGAGCUAGGUCAGGAGAUGGCUCAAAGACAGACUGCACACUUUCCUCACAUGUGGGCAUCCCUGGUUCAAGCCCUAGUACCUCAGAAUCACUGAGCAUUGAGCCAGGUAUAACCCUAAAGCCAAAAAUGAAUUCAUUUAUUAUCAUCUUCCCCGUUAAGACAAAUCAUACUGACCAGUACUGGUUGAGUCAAAUAGCACAAAUGAAACUCACCUUCCUAAUAAGUUUAAGCUUUUGUUUCUCAAAGCAGCAUUGAAGAAGCAUCAAACUUUCACAGAUACUCCCAGCCCCCACACAUGCAAAGCCUCCCAGCUUGUCACCAUCCCCUACCAGAGAAGCAGAUGUGUUUUCAGCUGGCAAACCCACACUGACCCUGUGUCGCCCCAAUUCAGAGAUGACAUUGCAUCUCUCAGUUUCAUGCUGCCUAUGGGCUUGGGGAAGUGGAAGCUGUCAUGUGACCCUCAUCUGUUUAAAAUCAUCUGUGUUCCGCUCUAAGGAAUUUAGGGGAAAAAAUGUGAAUCCUCAGUUUUUAAAAAGGGGCGAGUGGGAACUUGCGUCUAACAGGGUUCCUUCAAGUGGUCUCCAAAGGCAGAAUUCUUCAACCUUUCCCCACCUGUGAACCUACCCAUGGCAUGAUGGUUGAAGACCACUGCCCUAAAGUCAACACUGCCACUGGAGGUAUUGUGUCCUUCUCGGGCUCUCUUAGAAAGCCUUUCUAGUCACACACAGACACAUGUCUCAAGAAUCCUCGUCUCUUCCCAGGGUUUGUGCUAAGAAGACAGGCUGGAGAGGGCCUCUGAAGCUUUCCUAAAGCCACCCCAUUUUAUGAUUAUUUUGCAACGGGCUUGAUACUGAGAAAUUUCUCUAAGUCUGAGAAAAUAGUCUGCCCAUGAACACUUCUUACAUGGCAGUAUAGAGUUUUCUUGGAUUUAUUCAAAACAUGGUUUGUUUUCUAACUCUGAAAAAGCUUCUAAAGUGUUCUCACUUUGGAAAGGCAGCCAUGCUGCUCCUGACGGGUAACGUAGGAGUAUGUGGCUCCUAGCUCCUACAGCACUGUGUUCAGAGCCUGAUAGAGAGGAGAGGAUGGUACACCCCACUCUCUUCCUGAAUCCUGUUUCUGGGGUUCUCUGGACAAAUCAGCAACAACCAUUCUUAAGUGCUUACUUGGAGGCAGUAACAAGUAUUCUCCAAUAUCCCACACCCCAAAUGUUACAUCUUCAUCACUGUUUUAGCUGCUUUCAGAGCAAUGUUCUCUGUCUGGGCUUCCAUAGCUCAUGGGAUAUUUAACAAUAUUUUUUUAUUCUUGGAAGGUGUUCAGCUGCAUAGAAUUGGAAACCAUGAUUCCAGCAGACAGUAGCAAUACCUAUGUCUCUCUCUCUCCCAGGCGCUCACAUACACAGCUGUCUCUCUCCAGUCGACAGAAGAUAUCAAUGCCAACUUUUGUACUUGUACUUGUUGGGGAGAAAUGAAGAGUCAAAAUAAAAGCUUCUUAAACCAGAUGUCUUUUAAGAUAAGAAGCCAGGGCCAGAGAAAAUGUACAGGGCUUAAGAUGCUUGCUUUGCAUUUAAUGGAUGGACCCCAGUUCUCUGCCCCAACUCAUGAUUGCCAUGAGUGACCAUGAGCACAAAGGUGGCAACAGCCCUAAGAACUGCCAGAUAUGGCCCUAGUACUCCCCCAACAACUCCCUAAGAAAAGCCCAGCAAUUUUUGUUGCCACAUUGCAAAGUUCAUUUUUUUUAGCAUCCCAGAGAAUCCAAAGAUUGCACGGGAAUUCAUGGUUUAGAACAUCUAAUUUCUCUCUCCUUAAACAGGUAGCAGGUUUUUUUCUGCUCUCACAAAGCCAUUUAUGUCCAUCUUUGUGAUCAAAGCUUCCUAGCAAGAAUUUGGCUAUGCUGAAAGUUGUAGAGAAAUCAUGGAGUCUUCUAGCAUUUCAACAAUAUCGAAGAGAGCAUGAGCAGACUUCAGUAGCACCACAUUUGUUUCUAUUUAACCAGACUGGAUCCUGGUCCUCUUCUUCCCCUCUCCCACUGUCACCCCCUCUCUUCUUUGCUUGCCUUCUUCCCUUUCCUUCCUCAAUGCAAUGUUUAAAGCUAUGUUCCCUUCACACUUAUUUAUUAUUGUUUUAAAGUUAUAUGGUUUGUAAGAGCUAACUACUAACUAGAACUUACUAAUUGAUUGGUUUUGUUCUACUUCUACACCAAUUGAACUCAGACUCUGCUUACCACACACGUUAAAACAGGAGAGUUAAAGACAGGCGUACCAUAUACAUAGAGGUGUAUUUUCAGAGGGCAAGUGUUUGCAGUAUGUACAUGCAGUGUGUUCCAUUUCAGCUCGACAUUUAUUUUCAUGUCAUGAACUGAUACUCUUAUAGUCAAUUGAGCUUCUCUUCAAACACUUCAUUUUGAGCUGAUAUUUCAUAAAAGAAAAAAAUCAUUGUUAACAUACUUUUAAAAACCAUUUCUCCUUAUUUUUGUCUUUCUAAAAAUAAAAAGUGAUAUAUAUUGCUAUUGUAAAAUGAAGCAAAAUGUUUAGCAGACUAUUUUAGAUUUCUUUUCAUUUUUUUCUUUCAGAAGAAAGCUAUAUUAAUGGAUCUACCAAGAGUGAAAGAAAAUAACACAAUGUUUAAGAAUGUUAUUUAUAAGCAAUCCUUGUCUUUGUGUUUUAAGUGUUCUCCCCUUGCCAUAAAACAAUAAAUAACUUUUAAAGUGCUUUAAAAAUAUUACUACUGUCGACAGAAUCUAACAGUAAAAUUAAAUUCAUUACUAGUUGAAGCCCUGAAGAUUUUCAACAUAUUUUUCAAUUGAGAGAAAAAGAUGGUAAACAUAUUUGAGCUAUUCUAUCGCAUUUUUCCUGUUUCAUUUUCUCUAAAGAUUGUCUAAAGCUCAUUGGCUGAAGGUUUCCUUCUGCUCAAAGAUUCUAUAAUUGUAAAUUGACAAGUGCAAACUCUCUCCAGCCACUUGAAAUAUCAACCAGAAUCAUUAUGUAUUAGUCACUUCAAUUCCUUCUGGAAAACUCUAGCUCUACCCUAAACAUACUUGACUAUUUAAAAUAUUUUAUAAUAGACAUUAAAGUGUUGAAUUCUACUUAAAGAAGCAUCACCAUUUAUGUUCAUAAAAUUUUAUCUUAUCUUCCAAAACUCUAAGUAGUAUUGUUAGGGUGAAUGGAUUUUUUUUUAUCCUUUCUAUCCAAUGGGUAUUAAAUACUCAUUUAUUUAACAGGCCUACAGUAAUAUAUACUCAACUGACAAGUGGACCAUGAACACUCCUUCUGCUGGGCUCCGACUAAGCAAAGACUCAUUACUUUACACACCUGACAUUUUAAGUAGAUCCAGAUUUGUCUCCAGCGAGUCAAUGCCAUUAGCUGCCAGAAGUAUGAUCUACUAUUGCCACUUUUAGUUUUAUCUGUACAUUAGAGUUGUCUUCUGUCUCUGAAUUGUCAGACAGCUUAAAUCAUUCUCAUGUUCGCAGACCUCCCUCCUGUUGCAUUAUCAGAAUCUUCUGUUUACUCCUUAAUGUUUGAAGAAUUAAGUAACAAUUGAAGGCUUUUUCUGUGUGUGUGUCUUUCUCUCUGUCUCUGUCUCUGUCUGUCUUUCUCUCUUUCUCUCUCUCCACCCCCACUAUUGGCAUUAUAGGUGUGUCAUUCUUGACUUGAUUUUUCAGCUAUAGGAAGCUAAAGAUACAAAACUGCUUGCUGAUGGUUCUCUGAGUAAGAAGACACCCCAAACUAUUUCCUACCUGUUUUCUUCUUCCUGUGAAGUAUAAGAAAUAAAUGUUUCAUAGUGGAGAGAUAAUACAGGAAUUAAGAAACUUGGGGCUGGAGUGAUAGCGGGUAGGGCAUUUGCCUUGCACACAGCCGACCUUGGUUUGAUUCUCAGCAUCCCAUAUAGUCCCCCAGCGCCACCAGGAGUAAUUCCUGAGUGUAGAGCCAGAAGUAACCACUGUGCAUCGCUGGGUGUGACCUGAAAAGCAAAAGAGAGAGAGAGAGAGAGAGAGAGAGAGAGAGAGACUUGUCUGCAUGCAACUGAUCCUGGUUCAAUCCCCAGCAUUUUCUAUCUCCCAAACACCACCAGGAGUGAGCCCCAAACACAGAGCCACCUAUCUCUAGGUGUGGCCCACUACCCUCCCCUAAAUAUGCAUUUCCUCCUGAAGACAUAUUUCUUUCAUUCAGCAAACAUUCACUUAAUAUAUGCUGGCCCAAAACACACCAAUGCAUUGCUCCCUUGUGACGAAUGAAUGGAGGUCAAUGUCAAAUUCAGUCAAUGUCAGUGCCAUGAUAUGCCCCUGAGUUCAGAGGCUGUGGUGGGUGUUCAGGUCCUAUGAGUCUCAUCUGUGAUUCCCGGGUUCUUUACUGAUGACCCCAGUUCAUCAUGGAAACUAGACAGAGAGUUCAUGCUGCAAAUUCGACAUAUAGAACUCACAAGACACUAUUUUAAAUGGAUGUGAGCCGCUCGGAGCCCAUGAAAAGUGGGAACUUUAACAUCCAAAAUGUUCUCCUGAUGCCAAGGUUGCCUGUGGUAUCCAUAGCUUGGGCAGGGGUGGAGGGAAGCUGGGGACAGGGGGCUGUGCUCUGUAGAUGCACCUAGUCAUGAGGGACAUUCCUGCGGAUUCCUCCUGGGUCUUCAGUGACCUCAGGCCAGCCUCUCCUUUGCCACCAUUGUACUUCUUCUCUCGGUCCCUUAACAAGUACGCCAGAACAAGCCACAGUGUCCCCUGCCCCUCCUGACUUGGUGAGUAAUUGUCCACGCAGCUGUGACAGAUGUGCAAGAUAACAGCUUCUUCAGGAAAAAAUUAACAGUUUGUCCAGCAUGUCAGCUCUCUCUUUUUAGUGCUUGGGAGGUCUUGGCCCCAUUAUGGAUGAUUUAGAAAUUGAGGCAAGCAAAGACCAGCUGCCGGUCCUGAAAGCCAUGGCGAAUGGCCCUCAUCUGCAUUCUGGGAAGCACCCACCUCCCGAAACCAGCGGAGCCCCUCCAGCCGCAGGACACGGGCGUGCUGACAAAGCCUUGAUUUGUUGAGAGAGAAUAAAUGGGUUUUUCAGAAGAUGAGGAAAUAUCACCAUUACUGGCCAAUUUGCAGCAUUUUAUCUGUUCUUCAAACAUGUCACUUUUGUUAUUGUUGCCGGGUAAUUACAUAGAAAAACGGAAAGAAAACAAAAUUCUGGUUACGUAUUCAGAUGGAUUGCAAAAUCAUAUAAUCCUGAUAAAUGCCCAUUUAUGAUACACAUGGAUGAAAGGUUCAUUUUAAUUUUGAAGGGCUAGCUUGAGCCUAAAUGGGAUCGAGUAUUAAAUUCCAGAGAAUCUGAUUACCUCAAAGCAAAUCAUGUCAUACUCUUCACUUCUGUAGAACCAGAAUUCAGGGGGAUGUGGUAAGGCAUGUGCAGGCUGCCAUCUCCCAGAGUGGGCAGAAAGUGCAUUAAGGAUUUGUAUGUCCUGUGUGGAAAAAGAAGUUUCCAAUAAGCUACAUGGUUUCCCUGAUCUUGGGACCAGUCAGGCCAAGAAGGAGGCUUCCUGGUUUGUUGCAGCGUCAGGGGUCAGGGGAGAGGCGGAUUUCUCCCAAGCAAUGUUCAGGAGGCCCCAUGGGUUACUUCCCAAGACCAAAAAGAAUCACCAUAAAUUAUUUAACUGGCAAUCUUUCUCUGAUAGUUUCUUUCAAAUGAUACAUUUGUAGAUUGACAGCACAGCAGACAUGAUGCUUCUAAUGAGUUGUGCAUCAGAGGAUUUUCAGUGUCUUGGCCUCAGUUUUCUUCUGUUCAUUUUUUCCCAGACAGAGCCCAACUCUAUUGAAUGCCAAUGUAGUAUUUUCCAUCUACAAAGGGAAAUACACAUGAAUGUCACUUGAAAAAAACUAUUUUAAUACUAGAGAAGAGUCCUAAACAUUACCCUAACUGCUUUUAAAAUAUGCUGAUACAUGCUGGGAUACUUUUCCCUGGCCUGUUCUAACAUUGUUUAUUUCAUGUUGUUGGUUUAAUGUGGAUUUAUGAGAAUCUUGUAGAAUUCUUCUGCUCUGGGACAUAAAAAUAAUAUAGAGAUUAAGACACUUGCUGACCUACUUAAUCCCCAAUACCACAUCUAAGCACUGCCACGAGUUAUUCCUGAGCACAGAGCCUGUAGUAAGCAUUAUCAAAAGCCAAACGAAAACAAAGCAAAUAAUUCCACUACUCUUCCAUGCCCACCACCCAAGUCCCGGUAUCCACAUCCAGUUUCCUAGGGAUCCCCUCCACCUCCUCCCAGCCCUCUCCCCACAACCCCUGUGGUUACCUUUCUGCAGCCCAGUGAUUGAUUUCUUUUGACGUUUUCCCUUGUUUUGCUUCUUCAUGACCCACGUACAAGUGAGAUCAUCUGCUCUUGUCUUUCUCCCUCUGACUUAUGCCCUAUGACUGGGGGCUCCUCCUUUAGACUUUCCAUCCCACACCAGAGCUUCUUCUGCUGAGUCUGGGAGAAGAAACUGUCCUCAGUCACCCACCACACUAGCUGAUUCCAUCCAUCAACAAGGGCUCCAGGGUCCCCUCUGUGCGGAGGAAGCAGCUACAUUAGGAAAGACAGAGAAUUCUUUGGUUCCCAGGAGGUCCACUAUCUCUUUCUGUGGGGACCAGAGGCUAUGGGCCUGGUAGAAGAGCACCAGACACUAAGGAGCACCAUUGCAAAACCUGGCUUUAAACUUGGUCCAUCCUAACUGACUCUACACACUCUUAAGUUUCUAGCUUCUUAGCUCAGGUUUGCAAAACUAAGGAAUGGCCCAGAAGAGGGAUUGGUUUUCAAGUGUCUAUGCUAAAGAUUUCAGACAUAAUUCUCAGGGAACACUAGAGACAGGCACUAGAACCACCUCCCUUGGGCCCUGUGCAGCUAUAGAGAUUAGAUGACUUAACUUUAAUGAUGCCAACCAACUGGGUUCAUGUCAUUCAAUAAUUAGGGAUAGACAAUGUCAUUGCUUACUGGUAAAUUGUGAACAAUUUACAAUAAAUUUUAUUUAAUUUUCAAAUAAGAGUCUGCCAGAAGCAUUUGU